AUGGGUAUGCAUCUAAGCCUGUUGGAGUUAUACCACCAGAGAAAAGUGGACCUGGUUAACGUCCAAGAGCCAUGGUGCGGGCUAAAGACGACUACACAAACGCACCCGGGCUAUGAUGUUUUUGCGCCAGUGGACGAAUGGCACGCGAGCACUUACGAAGCCAUGACUGGGUUCCGGCCCCGGGUGCUCACCUACGUCAAGAAGGGGGCAGCCCUAAGGGCCGCACAACGACGGUUACCGCAGGGCCAAAAUACGCGGGACGUACUUUGGCUCGAAAUUAACGGAAUAUUGUUUAUUAAUGUAUAUAGGGCUCCGGGUAUUAAGGCCGCGCUGGAAAUGGUAUGCAAUACCGUGCCAAAUGGACCCACGGUGAUAGGCGGCGAUUUUAACGUAACGGCUGCUGCAUACCAGCCAGGCCGCACAGACGCACGCGGAAGGGAUCAACUGACGGCAUGGGCGCAAGCCCAGGGCAUACAUUUUACAGGAAAUAUCGGCGUGCCCACCCACCGCGACGGGGGUUUACUGGAUAUGGUUUUUUCCAACCUCCCCAGCACGGUAACUAUGGUUAACAGCAGUCUUUACACAGGCUCCGACCACGAAUCUCUUUAUACCACGCUGCGGACGCGCGGCGCCCCCCGCCCGGAGGCGGUCAACGUCUCAGUUAGGGACGACCGGCUACCAAAGUUCGCGGAGCUACUUGCUUUUGGCAUGCAAAAUAUGCCGGACCCGGGAUCCGCGGCCGAUAGCUACGCAUUGGACGCGGCAAACGCCUCUGCCGAGGAGAAAGCUUACACGAAAGGGGUGCGGGCCGCGAAACGGGAUUACUGGAGGCACCGGAUUAACCAACUGCGCGACGAUAAGGAUUUGUGGAACAUAGUAGGCUGGCUGGAAGCCGGACCACGUCUCCGGUCCCCGCCGCUGGUUAUUAACGGCGAACAAAUAAGCGAACCCUUAGCAAAAGCGGAAACACUGCAGCGGGAGGUGCUUGGCCGAUUUUCGGCGGAAGAUAACCUGCAGGGAAACCCCUUGGAGGCCUGGUCGGCGGACGAGGCUAAAAUCCCUUGGGACACCCAGGUGAGUGCGGAAGAGGCGGAGCGCUCCUGCAUUGGGGUUACGAGCACGUCCCCGGGCAUCGACGGAACGACCGUCCGGCUACUAAAAGCCGGAUGGGCUUCGUUGGCCGAGCCGGUGCGCAGGCUCUACCAACGUUGCCUGGAACUCGGACAUUUCCCAACGCCUUGGAAGAAGGCCGAGGUCGCGAUACUACCGAAAACGGGGAAGAAAGACCGGAGCAGCGUUCGAUCCUGGCGGCCUAUAGCCCUCCUCUCCUGCAUCGGAAAAGGCCUCGAAAGGCUCGUUGCACGCCGGAUAGCUUGGGCCAUACACGACAACGGGCUCUUUAGCUGCACCCACGGCGGUGCCCUACCCAAGCGAUCGGCGACGGAUCUGGUUUGUGCCCUCGCCCACGAUAUCGAGCAGGCUUUAGCUCGCGGGGAGGAAGUUACCCUUGUCGCAUGCGACGUCCAAGGCGCCUUCGACGCCCUCCUCCAUGGGCGAUUAAUACGGAAAAUGCGGAGCCUCGGGUUUAGUAAAAUACUCCUCAGGUUCGUAAUUAACUUUUUAAACGGCCGCCAGGCCCGAAUCCGGCUGGAGGGUACGACCACGGGCUUUAGGCGGUUUGGGUGCGGCACCCCGCAAAGGUCUCCCCUUUCCCCGAUCCUAUAUAUGCUAUAUUUGGCGUACCUCGUUAAAAACGGUGCGAAAUGGCGGCUGACAUACGCAAACGACGUGUUUACAUGGAAAUCGUCACCCUCGUUGGAAGAAAACGUACGUUGGCUGGAAGAUAAACUCCGGGAUAUACACGAAAUUGCGGCGGAAAAGAAAAUCCAUUUUGCAGCGGAAAAGACAAAAGUAAUCCAUAUCACUAAAAAAAGGCACGGUCGCAACCCGGAAAUCCGGAUUAAUGGUAAAACGGUUACCCCGGUCCAACUACCGGGCGGUCGACGCGGACAAAGCGCCUCCGGGGCCGAGCGUUACCCGGGCAUGCGUUGGCUUGGCUUUUGGUUCAGCCGACGGUUAGACGGGCGCCGCCACGUGGCCGAAAGGGCUGCCAAAACAAUGGCGGUCGCUGCUCACCUCAAAAGCUUUGAGGCAGUAAAAUACGGACCGCCUGCGGCUGCACUUCGCAAAGCAGCGGUGGCAUACGUAGGUUCAUCGGCCACCUACGCAGCCGAAGCAUGGUACAACCCAGCGCAUAAGCAAAAAGGACUCCUCAAAACACUGAACAAACCGCUGGUUUUAGCGGCACGGGCAAUCCUCCCGGCGUAUAAAACCACCCCCUCGUCCACUGUUCUCAGGGACGCAAGAUUACCCUCGGCCCGCGUCGCGCUGGCCUACACCCGCCUGAAAUACGGCGCCCGACUAAGGCUCGCGGACAAGGGGCACCCCCUUGUCAACCGCCUGCGUAAAACACCUCGUGCCCGCAAUUCGGGCCAUUCGGCCACGACCCUGCAAACGGCUGCACAACUUCUCCCGCGGAUCCGGAAACUAGAGUUGCGCGCACCUCGCAAUGCCCCGGAUUCUCGCACUGACCCCACCGGAGGAGUCCCAAAAAAGGAAGCGGCCCGCCGCUUUAUGGAAUGGUUGGACAUGGUAUUACCUGACGAUAUCGUGGUAUAUACGGACGGUUCGGAAAAAUACGAAAAUAACUGCGUCCAAAUAGGGUACGGAUGGGCCGCUUUUAGGGCGGGCCUGGAAUUUGCCGCAAGCUCCGCAUCUAUUACGCCGGAAAACCACGUUUUCGACGCCGAGGCGAUUAGCGCCCUAAAAAGGCUAUAG